AUGUCCUCCUCCAAAGCAAAGUCCAGCUCUUCCCAAUAUGCGCCCCUUUCGCUACACGACAAUGGCGAGGACUCCAGCGCAACUCCUGAGAAGCGCUCCUCCGAGGACGACCACUCUGCCCCCUUGUUGGAAGCCUCGGACAACCUCAACGCCCUCGCGCCAUCCAAGCCCUCCCAGCUGCCCAAGCUCAUAAUCUACAUUUCCUUCGCCCUAGCGCUGCUAUCGGCUGUGAAUGUCGCCCUCCUUCCCACUACACUAUCAAAGUACCAAGCCUACCCCUUCUCUGACUCUGACCUCGAGGCCCUCCCCUAUGGCGAUGCUAGGCUGGGAUUGGACAGGGCAGCCAAAUUCAUCCCCCCUCUCCAGGUCUAUCACCACGCUUGGCCGGAUAGAAUUGCACGUGUGAGCCGGAAAUUGAAGAAUGCCGUGUGGGGUCAGGGGGUGCAGGUCUAUGUUACUGUCGAGGUCCGUUUUCCGUACUUGCUCCUUCCUCAUUUUCUUCAACAAACCAUCCACCUGGGCACAUAG